UUUGGUUUUGCGGGAGACUCACGUGGAACCCAGAUGAACGUCGCGUUUAUGAUGUUUUUAAGCAACUAAAUGGACUGCACCAGGCCACCUCAUGUUUCCUUUGGCACGAUAUUCGAGAUACCGUGCAAACCACCCUUUCCUCAAAGACAUGCCCAAUUUCGGAAGAACUUAUACAUCUUCCCCACCGAUUUCAAAAUCAUACGCAUUUAACUUACCAUGCUUUGAUAAAAGAAACUACUCACAAGGUUGCUGAAAACUCUUCGACAGCCCACGACCGGUUUCGCCCUUCUUGGGGCUCAUCGGAAUCAGCGGGAGAAAAACUACUCAGAAAGUUUGAUUUGACUAAGGGGAUCUUUUCGCGCAACCACAUGAAGGGUGGAAACGGGGCAGAGGCGGUUAAACAAU